AUGAGUGUUUUUAUCUUAGGAUACUUGAAAACUGUGGACGAGAACUUCAAAGAGACCUAUCAAGCUGCUUGCCGUGCCAGAGGUUUACUAGAAAACGAUGACCAUUGGGAAAAUACUCGACGAGAAGCAUCGCUUUUGCAAUGUCCAAUACAACUAAGAGAGUUAUUUGUGGUCAUACAUUUAUUUUGUCAGCCAUCGGAGCCAUUCAAAUUGUGGGACAGUUUCAAAGAUGAUUUGUGUGAAGAUGUUAGACACAGAAUCAGACAGGAAAAUCAAGACUUCGCGUUACCAUACAAUGAGAAUAUUUAUAAUGAAGGUUUGAUAUAA